AUCUCCAGACGGCGGCUUCUCGGGAAGGGCUAGGCGCUGCGGUCUCAUUCGGCCCUGGGUGCUCUGUUAAGCCUCUCGUCGCCCUUUCCGCACCUGCUACUGCACCAGGCUCGAGACUCCCGGGAACUGCUUCCCAGAGCCGACGGGACGCAGCUCGUUCCAAUCCAUUCAUUGACAGUCCAGUCUUUUUCCUGAGCCUGAUUCUCUUGCCUCCUCCAGCUCAAAAUCCUGGGCCAAGCCAUGGAGAAAAGCAGCGAGACCAACGGUUACCUCGACAGCGCCCAGGCCGGGCCUGAGGCGGGGCCCAGCGCACGAGGGACAGCGGCGGGACGCGCGGGGCGCUGCGCCGGCUUCCUGCGGCGCCACGCGCUGGUGCUGUUCACCGUGUCUGGAGUGCUGGCGGGCGCGGGCCUGGGUGCGGCCCUGCGCGGGCUCCAGCUGAGCCGCACGCAGGUCACCUACCUGGCCUUCCCCGGCGAGAUGCUGCUCCGCAUGCUGCGCAUGAUCAUCCUGCCUCUGGUGGUCUGCAGCCUGGUGUCCGGCGCCGCCUCCCUGGACGCCAGUUCCCUCGGGCGUCUGGGCGGCAUCGCCGUAGCCUACUUUGGCCUCACCACGCUAGGUGCCUCCGCGCUCGCCGUCGCUUUGGCGUUCAUUAUCAAGCCGGGGUCCGGUGCGCAGACCCUGCAAUCCAGCGACCUGGGGCUGGAGGAGGCCGGGCCUCCUCCAGUCCCCAAAGAAACCGUGGACUCUUUCCUCGACCUGGCCAGAAACUUGUUUCCCUCGAAUCUUGUGGUUGCAGCUUUCCGGACGUAUGCGACCGAUUAUAAAGUGGUGACCCAUAACACCAGUUCUGGAAACGUAACCCAUGAAAAGGUCCCCGUUGGCAAUGAGAUUGAAGGGAUGAACAUUUUAGGAUUGGUGCUUUUUGCACUGGUGUUGGGCGUGGCCCUAAAGAAACUAGGCUCUGAAGGGGAAGAGCUCAUCCGUUUCUUUAAUGCCUUCAAUGAGGCGACGAUGGUGCUGGUGUCAUGGAUUAUGUGGUACGUACCUGUGGGCAUCAUGUUCCUGGUUGGAAGCAAGAUUGUGGAAAUGAAGGACAUCAUCGUGCUGGUGACCAGCCUGGGGAAAUAUAUCUUUGCAUCUAUAUUGGGCCACGUUAUUCAUGGAGGAAUUGUUCUACCACUUAUUUAUUUUGUUUGCACAAGAAAAAACCCGUUCAGAUUCCUCCUGGGCCUCCUCACACCAUUUGCAACAGCAUUUGCUACCUGCUCCAGCUCAGCAACCCUUCCCUCUAUGAUUAAGUGCAUUGAAGAAAACAAUGGUGUAGACAAAAGGAUCAGCCGAUUUAUACUCCCCAUCGGGGCCACUGUGAACAUGGAUGGAGCAGCCAUCUUCCAGUGUGUGGCCGCAGUGUUCAUCGCCCAGCUGAACAAUGUACAGCUGAACGCAGGACAAAUUUUCACAAUUCUGGUGACGGCCACAGCAUCCAGCGUUGGAGCAGCAGGUGUACCAGCUGGAGGGGUCCUCACCAUCGCCAUCAUCCUGGAGGCCAUUGGGCUGCCCACUCACGACCUCUCUCUGAUCCUGGCCGUGGACUGGAUUGUGGACCGGACCACCACAGUGGUGAAUGUGGAAGGGGAUGCCCUGGGCGCAGGCAUUCUCCACCACCUGAAUCAGAAGGCAAUGAAGAAAGGGGAGCAGGAACUGAGUGAAGUCAAAGUGGAAGCCAUCCCGAACUACAAGUCUGAGGAGGAGACGUCACCCUUGGUGACACACCAGAACCCCGCUGUCCCUGUGGCCAGUGCCACAGAACUGGAAUCAAAGGAAUCGGUUCUGUGAUGGGGUUGGGCUCUAGGUUCAUCUGCCAGCAGUGGCACCCUGCCCUGGUGGCACGGAUGUGGGACAUGGACACAAGGCAUGCCCUCGCCGACUCUUAGCCUCCUGAGCGAUGAUUUGGCCCAUCCCUAGUCUGAGGAUUACCUCUUGGCACUUGCAUUGGGCUCCCCACUGGGAACGGGUUACCAAGGACCAGGACACUCUGCCAUUUGGCUUGAUCCACGUCCAGGUGCAAUUGUGUGUACACCAGGGCUCUGCUUGGAAAUACCCCUUGACCUGCCAGGCUUGGGAAAUAACAGGCUUCUUGGGGUCCUGCAGCUAAGGCUUGAAAAAUGCAGAUGUAUUCUUCAUUACUCCCUCCCCGUCAGAUCUAUAGCGGGUGCUUUCUGGGCAAGCCUGGGGAUUUACUGUCAUCUGUUACAUUGCCUCGAGUCAUAGAAAUUAGAAAAUUCCCAGAUUCCUAGCUGUGCCUGGAAUUUGCUGACUAGAACUCAGGUGGUUAAAGAGUUUGUGCUACAGCGAGGUGUGUGGGCUUCUGACUUGCUAGAUGCUGGAAGACCAAAGGCACUGCACAGUGUCAAGUUAGAAAUAUUCUGGGUAGGUAAUUAUACUGCUGGGAUUGCUGGUCAGUAGCCUUAAGUCAACAAUCUAAAUUCUAGGGUCAAACAAAGGAAUAAAGGCAGCCUGCGGUGUAUGUGUGUGUGCAUGUGCGUUCCCUAGUCAGGACAGGACAGGGCACACACACAAAGGUCCCUCUUCCCACCCCAACCCUAAGGCCUUUCUGCUCCCAAGGCCUGGGCCUCUGACAACACUGCAGCUUCAUCUCCACUCACUCUGACGUGGAACGGGCCAGAGUGGGGCCUCCUUCUCUGGAGAGGUGUGAUGUCAUCACAUUCAGGACCUUUGUUCGUUUAUUGAUCUAUUGUUUUAAUUUGGCUAGACCCUCCCUAAAACACUGUGUUAUAGCAAAAACAAAACAACACCCCCACCAAAUAUACCCAGGUACUAACUGGGGUGGGGUACCCCUGUUCCUGGGUUCCCGAGUCCCCUGGCUUUGGCUGACUUCCACAGAUAAAGAUCCCUUUCCUGCCAGUACAUCUGAGUCUGAAAUGAUCAGUGAAACAGUUCACACCCUUCCAGUUACCCGCCAACUCGGGUCGACUCCAGGUCGACUUUCCGAGGGAAGUCAGCGUGUAGCCCGUGAGAGGGAACACCUCAGCGCCUGCUCUUGGACUGUGGCUGCUCCGUCUCCGGGUGUGACCCACAGCAGGUCCUGGGCCUUGCUUUACCCCGUUUGUAAAAUGGGGCUAACACUGCCUGCCUCUUACCUACCUCAGAGGGAUUUGGUGAGGCAAGCUUAAAUCUGUGACACCACCGUUUUUCUUCUAAAGUAUAUAGUGCUGACGCUGCAGGCUCUUAUCUUUUACCAAGUGACAGCUUGCCCCACGGAGGCGCCUCCGAGUGAACACAGUGUCUGGGAGCAGGGCAGUGCUCUCCGCCUGCGUUGAUACUUCCGUCACACCACUUGUUGUCUUUGUAGUUACAUUAGCAUCAGUGUCUCCUGUUCCCAAUGUCCUUCAAGUUUGAAUGAACCAGCUACCCACCCCCCACCACAUUUCUAGGUGCCUGACUUCGAGGUGACUCCUGACCCAGGCCAUUAAAGUCUUCAGCUUCUGGCCUCAUUCAUUCCCUCACUUUCCCCAUUGCCGUGGACCCCCAAGGACAGGGCUACAUACCUUUCUAUGUGCACACCAUUGAGAUGACUGGGCGGUGGGGCAGAGACCAUCAAGCACCUCCUCGUUUUAAAAUUGGGGCCAUAUGCCUAUGUGGAAGGGUGGGGAAGAACUGCAGGGCACAGAGUUGAGCCAGCAGUAGAAAGACCCAGCUCUCCUUACACCAGCUUAGCCACUCCAGUCUCCCCGCAAAGUCAGGGGUGACCAGGAGUGAGCAGAGGUGCCUGGAAACUUUCACCCUCUGGCUGGAGCUUGUUGCUAAUUCCCUCCUGUUCCCAAAAGGGAAACAAUCACAUCAUUUGAUUCCAAACUGCAAACAGCUAUUCACUAUUUUCCAGGCUUCAGGAAAUCUCUUUUAUGUCCAUGUACACAUGUGUGUAUACCUAUAUAUAUACAUGUGUGUAUACGCACACAUGUGUGUUUUGUGUAUACAUAAUUUUAGGUCCAAUGUAAGCAAGUUUUCAUUUGGAUAGCGGAGAAUUUUUAACUACAAGUUGUAUGUCUUUUUUUGGUAUCAUGAUAUUCCCAUUUCUUUCUUUU